AACUUAUAAAUUAAAUUAAUGCUAUAGCACUUCCGGUGUCAGCAUGUCUGUCUCUUUGACUAGACUUAAUUAGAAAUGUAUAACAAUUAGCUGACGUCUCACUCUAACAACUGAUAUACUAACGUUACAGUUUUGUUCAUAUAGGCAUGGCUAUAACAGCUGAUCACAUCCGGGAUAAACUUGUUAAGGAGCUCGCGGCAGUACACGUGGAUGUGGAAGAUACAUCCCCUAACAGAUGUGCUGCCAGCUUCAAAGUCCUGGUGGUGUCGCCCCAGUUUGAGGGCAAGUCACUGUUACAGAGACACAGGAUGGUGAAUACGUGCCUUGCUGAGGAGCUGAAAGAGAUCCACGCUUUUGAACAGAAGACCAUCACGCCAGAACAGUGGGAGAAACAGAAAUCACAAUGACACACACACAAACAUUAUUUCUCACUCACAUCACUUUAAAAUUCCCGGCCAUAUACCUCUCUGAUAUGCAGGAAGAAUACAUGUAGUCUGUUAAAUUUCCUGUAAACCAUUAAUGUUGAUAUAAAUGCAGUGGAAUAUUCUGGUUGUAAUAAAACACUUGAUGCUGUA